CAGAAUGCGUCAGUCAAGAAGCGAUUCACUAUGAAUGAUUGCUCUUACAAUUUAGGAAAAAUAAAAAAUAUAAUUAUAUGUAAUUUUAUAAAUUUAUUUAACAUUUUUCGUGCUACAAAUACCUUCAAAUUCAGUGCUUUAAUUAAUAAGUUGUUAAGUUUAAUAAGAAGAUACAAAUGAAUAGCCUCCAACCAUCAAGGCUCAGCGAGGACGACCUCUACAGUUCUCUGUCCUCAGAUGAAAAGAUGGACACAGCGUCCGAAUCAUUACGAUCGACUCAAGACACUCCGAAUUCGAUCCUUUCCGAUUCAGAGGAACGGGAAACUGAAGUCCUGAGGCUCCAAAAUCCGAACGUCCUAAGAUUAUUAGAACCAGAAAAAUUAGACAAUAAAUUACCAUUAAAACCAGAACUCAACGAUAGUCUUGUUACUCGAAUGUCGAAUUUAAGGAUCGAGUCUCCGAUCCGACCCAAGAACUUAGGGAUAAGUCCGCCCAGACUCAGUUCGACCCUCACAUUAACGACUAGUCAUCCAUUGAUGACGUUAAGUAGUCCGGACGAAAAUUUUCCGGACGUCGUCCCGAAAAAGGUGCCCAAAAUCGAUGAGGACAAAGAUCUGAGUCUAUCCAGUAUAGAAGACGAAAGAGGUCCAACAAAUGGGUACGAACUUUACACACCGUUACGGAAUACUUCGAAGAAUAACUUGUACUUUUCGGAUAACUUCGUGACAGCAGACAGUCACAUGUUAAGCGAAUCUCUCAACGUGCCGCCGGAUGUCGCGAGGGUCGAACAGAAGGAGAGGCGGAAGAUCAUACCGAGGUUCACGGAAACUCCGACGACUGAUAUUUCGACGCCUCAUAAGAACAUGGGUCGUUUGUCCGACGGAGAUAAAGACUGUGCCAUAAAAUACAACGAAGAAAGACAUAAGUUAUCUAGUCAUAGCACGCCCAAAACUAUGGGCGUAGACGUUUCCGAAUCGGAGGAGUUUCAUUCGGUCGCGGAAUGGUGCGAGUCCCCGGCCCACAUCCGCGCGAGGCCGAACUUCGAUCUUCCAAUCGAGAUGUCAAGCAAUGUCGGAAUACAGAAUGAUCUGGAUUCACCGGACGUGAUAUCAUCGUCGACGCAGGAAGACAGGUCGGCGUACCAGGCGCUGCUCGACCCGUACACGGGAUCGGUGGCGCUGCGCCACACCGCGCCCAAGAGCAACCCGCCCAGAAGGAAAGUGCAACUGCCACCGGAAGACGAAGACGACAGAUGCAGCCUGGACAGCAUCAGCGGUUGUUCCAUGGACUCAGAAGACGAGCCCCCCCCUCCCGCACAGCAACCUGACACCAGCGAGGAGGACAACACCAAGAGAUCCAAAUCAACAAACACAGUGAGCGAGUGCAGUGACCCGAUACCGGAGUACUCCGCCGCCGAGGAGUUCAGAGACGAGCGGUCAUGGCUCACUGUGCAGCACAGCGGGGGGAGGGCUAUUUGUGAUAUGAAGGUGAUCGAGCCGUUCAAGCGCGUGGUGUCGCACGGCGGCUACGAGGCGGGCGGCGCCGCGCUCAUCGUGUUCAGCGCCUGCCACCUGCCCGACUCGGCGCGCCCCGACUACCGCUACGUCAUGGACAACCUGUUCCUGUACGUGAUGUGGAGCCUGGAGCGGCUGGUGACGGACGAGUACGUGCUGGUGUACCUGCACGGGAGCGCCGGCCGCCGACGGAUGCCGACCUUCGCGUGGCUGCACGAGUGCUACAAACUGCUAGAUAGGAGGUUAAGAAAGAGUCUGAAACACUUGUACCUGGUGCACCCGACGUUCUGGCUGAAGUCGUUCGUGAUCGUCACCAAGCCCUUCGUGAGUUCCAAAUUCUUCCGAAAGUUGACGUACGUGAAAAGUCUCGAGGAGCUGCUGGAGAAGGUGCCCGUCGAGCCGAACGCUAUUCCCGAAAUCGUGAAACAGUACGAUGCGAACAGACGAUAGGGCUCCGGGAAACGUUUGAAUCCAACCGACUAUAUACAAAAUAUCUUUGCAUAAAUCGUUCU